AGCGCCGCUAACCGCGGCGGAUCCGCCCGCAGCCCCCAUGGCGAAGGAGAGGAGCAGGAAGGCGCUGGUCGAGCUGCUCCAGCGGCCGGGCAACGCGGCGUGCGCCGACUGCGCCGCUCCGGAUCCAGACUGGGCAUCUCAUAGCCUAGGGAUUUUCAUCUGUUUGAACUGUUCGGGAAUCCAUCGCAAUAUUCCACAAGUCAGCAAGGUGAAGUCGGUCCGUCUGGAUGACUGGGAUGAUGCUCAAGUGGAGUUUAUGGCCUCAAAUGGGAACAACGUAGCAAAAGCAAAAUACGAAUCGAAAAUGCCACCGUUUUAUUACAAGCCAACAUUUCUUGACUGUCAUAUGUUUUUUUCCAGACUGCUGCGGGAACAGUGGAUCAGAGCCAAAUAUGAAAGGAAAGAAUUCAUUCACAGUGAGAAGCAGGAGCCUUAUUCUGCAGGGUACCGAGAAGGGUUUCUGUGGAAGAGAGGACGGGACAACGGGCAGUUCCUGAGCCGAAAGUUUGUGCUGUCAGAGAGGGAAGGAGCACUGAAAUACUUCAACAAGAACGACGCAAAAGAACCCAAAGCAAUUAUGAAGAUUGAACACUUAAAUGCAACUUUCCAGCCUGCAAAAAUCGGGAACCCACACGGACUGCAGAUCACGUACUUGAAGGACAAUAGCACAAGGAACAUCUUUGUGUAUCACGAAGAUGGCAAGGAAAUAGUGGAUUGGUUCAAUGCCAUUCGUGCUGCACGUUUUCAUUACUUACAAGUGGCAUUUCCUGGAGCCAGCGAUGCUGAUCUGGUGCCAAAGCUCUCUAGAAACUACCUGAAGGAGGGGUACAUGGAGAAAACAGGGCCCAAGCAAACAGAAGGUUUCAAGAAGCGAUGGUUCACCAUGGAUGACCGGAGGCUCAUGUAUUUCAAGGAUCCCCUGGAUGCCUUUGCAAGAGGGGAAGUGUUCAUUGGGAGCAAGGAAAACAGCUACAAAGUCCUGGAAGGGCUCCCACCAUCCACACAAGGAAAUCACUGGCAGCACGGCAUCACCAUCGUCACCCCGGACAGGAAAUUCCUCUUUGCCUGCGAGACGGAGGAUGACCAGCUGGAGUGGAUUACCACCUUCCAGAAAGUUAUCAGCAGGCCAAUGCUGCCUCAGGAAUACGCAGUGGAAGCCCAUUUCAAGCAUAAACCUUAGAUGGGACUGGCUGGGCAGACCUGAGGAAUGAGCUUCUGUUUACAACACAACAUGGUUUUAUUUGAAAUGUUAAAAAAGUAAUUAUUAAUAAUAAUAACAGUAAUAAUAAUAAUAAUACUUCCCUUUCCCCUCAUCAUUCACUUGAUCAUGUCGGAGGCCAAGAAGGGCAGCAGCGAAACAUGGGAGAAGGCACUGAUCCAACCCAGAACUCAUUUCUGCUCCUCCUGCACCUCGUGUCCAUGUGUCUCCUGCAGGUAGGGCGCUGUGCUGCUGGAAGGGUCCCCUGCCCUGUGGUGAAGAGUCUCGGGGACGAAUCUCUUGGGGACGGGACACUUUUUGGACAAUGUGGUCUGUGGUGCAAAACCCACAUGGGUUCCUUGUGGAAAGUGAUGGCUGUUCUGGAGGACGUGAGGCUGCGGCCCAUCCCAGCGCCCUGCCCAUGAUGCUGCAGCAGCUGGCUGCUGGGGCUGGUGCUUUUCCUCCUCCGUGGCUCACUGCUGCCUCAGCUCACAGGGGAUAUGGAUUGGGCCCGAAGCCUCCUGUGCUCUGGUGACAGAGAUUCCCCCCACCUCAUCCCACUGGGCUCAGCCCAUGGCCCUGCUGCCCUGGGGGCGCUGCCUGCUGCCCCUGCUGCCUACCAGCUGUUUCCAGGGGAGAGCGAGCCCCUGAGAUGCCGACACCUAAAAACAAGAGGAGAGAAACCACUGUCUUUAAAUGUAGGAAUGUGCAGCUGAACCGGGGGGGGAGUUUGGAGAUGACCGAAAUGUGCACUUGCCUCUGUCCUCUGCACUCCCUAAAACUUAAGGGAGAAGCGCUGAGAGCAGCUGAAAACAGCUCCUGGUAGGAAGCCCAUCACUGUGUUUCUACCCCCGGACAGUGGUUCCUGUGCAGGACCAUUGCCAGCCCUCCAUCCCACGGGUGCCCACACCGUGCUGCUUCUGCCUUCCCCAAGGGGAGCAGGGGGUGACACUCAUCCUGGCUGAGGCUUCUGUCCUCGGGAGCACUGCUCUCAUGGUGUCAUGCGGGUGGAUGGAGCCGGCCGUGAGGGCUGUGCUGGUGCCUGCAGGGCAGCGUGAGCGGGAUGCAGCUGUUGGGCACUGCAGUCUCCUGCUGUGUUGGUGUUGCUGAAUGAGCGAUCCUCCCGGUGUCAUAGAGGUAAAUUAUAAAUAGGUGACGUCAGUGUGGGUGAGCAUCACAGCUCCCAGGUGGUGGCAGUGCUGUCUCUAGGCUGAUUCCGAGCAGGGUGUAGAAAUGCAGGUAUCUGUGUCAUUGGCCUCGUUAGCUGCUUACCAAAGUGCACACCCUGGCAGUGCCUGCUGCUGGGUACCACGGGUGGCUGUGGGGCUGGGGCUGAGCAGCAGGCUGGGCUGUGCCCACCUGUGUCCCUGCUGCCCUUGGCACAGUCCUCUGUGGUCCGGUUGGUGCACUUUGUUUUCCAAUAAUUCUCUUAAUUAUUAUUUUUUUGGAUGUUUUCAUUUAUUUUUUUUUUUCCUGCAAUGAAUACAAAAGCUGCUUGAAGUGACAUUUCAGCGCUGUGUUGAGCACUGUAACUGCUGGGGGUGGGGCUCAGGCCCUGCUGUCACUGUUUGUAACCGAACCCCUCGUGGGCUGUGUCUGUCUGUAAUGUCACUGGUAAGAACUGUGGUACUACAUGUCAUUCGCACCAAUAAACGCUGAUGUCGGACA